AUGGAACCUUUGCCUGGUGCUGGGGGGGAGGCCCUGACCAGAGAGGAAGGGCAGGUGGUCAGGAUGGGAGAUGAAGAUGAGGAGGAAAGUGAGUCAGAGGACGAGGAUGAUGAGGAGUUUUUUUCCCCAGACUCCUCUUCAAUGGGUCCGGAGCUGACAGCCAGUCAAGCAGAGGGGUCAAAUGCCCUGGUCAAAGAUUGCUGCAUAAAUAGAUUAAUAGGGCCCCACCACCCGGCACAGACCAAGGCCCCACCACCCGGCACAGACCAAGGCCCCACCACCCACCACAGACCAAGGCCCCACCACCCACCACAGACCGAGGCCCCACCACCCACCACAGACCAAGGCCCCACCACCCGGCACAGACUCAGGCCCUACCACCUAGCCACAGAAACAGGCCCCACCACCCACCACAGAAACAGGCCCUACCGCCAGCCACAGAAACAGGCGCCACCACCCAUCACAGACCAAGGCCCCACCACCUACCACAGACCAAGGCCCCACCACCCGGCACAGACCAAGGCCCCACCACAGACCCAGGCUCUACCGCCAGCCACAGAAACAGGCCCCACCACCCAUCACAGACCAAGGCCCCACCACCUACCACAGACCAUGGCGCCACUACCCGGCACAGACCAAGGCCCCACCACCCACCACAGACCCAUGCCCUACCACCUAGCCACAGAAACAGGUCCCACCACCCACCACAGACCCAGGCCCUACCACCUAGCCACAGAAACAGGCCCUACCACCCACCACAGACCAAGGCCCCACCACCCGGCACAGACCAAGGCCCCACCACAGACCCAGGCUCUACCGCCAGCCACAGAAACCGGCCCCACCACCCACCACAGACCAAGGCCCCACCACCUACCACAGACCAAGGCGCCACUACCCGGCACAGACCAAGGCCCCACCACCCACCACAGACCCAGGCCCCACCACCCACCACAGACCCAGGCCCUACAACCUAGCCACAGACCAAGGCCCCACCACCCGGCACAGACCAAGGCCCCACCACCCGGCACAGACCAAGGCCCCACCACAGACCCAGGCUCUACCGUCAGCCACAGAAACAGGCCCCACCACGCACCACAGAAACAGGCCCCACCACCUACCACAGACCAAGGCGCCACUACCCGGCACAGACCCAUGCCCCACCACACACCACAGACCCAUGCCCUACCACCUAGCCACAGAAACAGGCCCCACCACCCACCACAGACCAAGGCCCCACCACCCGGAACAGACCAAGGUCCCACCACCCACCACAGAUCAAGUCCGCACCACCCGGCACAGACCAAGGCCCCACCACCCGCCACAGACCCAGGCCCCACCACCCACCACAGACCAAGGCUCCACCACCCACCACAGACCAAGGCUCCACCACCCGCCACAGACCCAGGCCCCACCACAGACCAAGGCCUCACCCCCCGGCACAGACCAAGGCCCCACCACCCACCACAGACCAAGGCCCCACCCCCCACCACAGACCCAGUCUCUACCGCCAACCACAGAAACAGGCCCCAUCACCCACCACAGACCAAAGCCCCAACACCCACCACAGAACCAAGCCCCACCACCCACCACAGAAUGAUCCACUGCUCUCAUCUCUAA